ACGGUUGAGGGGACCGUGGGUGCAGAGGGCACGGAAGGCGCGGAGGGGGCGCUGCAUGUUGCUGCUGCCCUGCUUAUGGAGGGAGAAGAGCCUAGGGGUGCGCAUGCAGCUGAGGGAACUUCGGACGCUCGGGUCGUAUCCCCAGAAGCAUCAGCAUCAGCAGCAGCAGCAGAACCAGCAGACGCAGACGCAGACGCAGAACCAGCAGCAGAACCAGCAGAAGCAGAAGCAGGAGAAGCAGACGCAGAAGGAGAAGGACAAGGAGAAGGAGAAGGAGCAAGCCUAGACGCAAGCACACGCACAAUCCUAGGCUCCCUCUGGCCAAGUGCAGUACCCAGUCUGGCGGGGAGUACGAGGCCUUCGGUCGUUGGGAGCGCGAGGGGCGGGGAAGAGGAGAAGGGGCGAGGUGGGGGCGAGGCAGGCGCGAGCGGGAGCGCGAGCGUGAAUCGGGGCAUGCUGGGCGAGGACGAACCCCCGAAUUCGGCCAGGACUGGACAAGCCGCCGGACCUGCUACUGGCACUGACACUGGCACUGGCACUGGCACCGGUACUGGCGCGGGGGUGGUCCUGGAAGGUGAGGGGGAGACACCAGUCAAAAGCCACAAGCAGGAGUCGGACAGCUGAUGUGCGUCAUUCUGACUUGUUCUGCCUCCCGACCGACAUAUUGAGAGAAGCGUGAACUGACGGACUGGACUGUCGGUUAUGUGUACGUGUACCUUCCGACUGUCUUCUGAUGACGGGCGGUCGAUUAUGGUAUGUCAACUCCCAACUCCCAACUAUCGACUAUCAACUCUCAAUAUCAACUAUCGACUAUCAACUAUCAAUAUCAAUAUCAACUCGAUCACCGACCCAACUCUUCGCCGUGACUCAUGAGCGCGAGCGCGAGCACGAGCACGAGCAAACACGUCUCCCAACUGGCAGCCGAUGUAUGGCACAGAUUUCUCAUUUCCCUUUCUCAUUUCCCUCUCUCAUUUCAUGUUUCUUGUCUGCCUUUCUCUUUCCUCCCCUCCCCCUCUCUUCCAUUCCCUUCCCUAUCCCCGUCAGAGGGGUAACGUAACGAACUUCUUUCCUUUUCUGCUCUUUGCGUCAUAUCCAUAUUCAGAUUCAUGCUUCGCCAUCUCCCGUCCCCAGCACUUUAUCGUCCGUCCGUUCAUCAUGCAUGAUCGUCCAUCCUAUCCUUUGUCCUUUCUCAUCCUUCGUCCUUUCUCAUCCUUCAUCCCUCAUCAUCUCUCCUCAUCUCUCC